UUCUUCUUAUUUUCAUCCUACUUCUUCUUCUUAUUAUUCUUCUUCUUCUUCAUCAUCCUCAUCCUCUUCUUCUUCUUCUUCAUCCUCAUCCUCUUCUUCUUCUUCAUCCUCAUCUUCUUCUUCUUCUUCUUCAUCCUCAUCUUCUUCUUUUUCUUCAUCCUCAUCCUCUUCUUCUUCUUCUUCUUCAUCCUCAUCCUCUUCUUCUUCAUCAUCCUCCUCCUCCUCUUCUUCUUCUUCAUCCUCAUCCUCUUCUUCUUCUUCUUCUUCAUCCUCAUCCUCUUCUUCUUCUUCCUCUUCUUCAUCCUCAUCCUCUUCUUCUUCAUCAUCCUCAUCCUCUUCUUCUUCAUCAUCAUCCUCAUCCUCUUCUUCCUCUUCUUCUUCAUCCUCAUCUUCUUCUUCUUCAUCCUCUUCUUCAUCCUCAUCCUCUUCUUCUUCAUCUUCAUCCUCUUCUUCUUCUUCAUCCUCUUCUUCCUCUUCUUCUUCUUCAUCCUCUUCUUCAUCCUCUUCCUCUUCUUCUUUUUCUUCUUUUUGUCUUCCUCUUGCAGGUCACUGCUCAUGUGCAGAUUUUUUAUCGGUAAAUCGGCCGAUUUGCCCACUAAUUGCCGCGAAAAUCGGCCGAUCGGCAAAAUCGGCCGAUUUUUUUCCAACUUUACCGAAAAAACAAAAACGGCCAAAAUACCGAAAAACGGCCGACCAAAUCGCCCACUAACGAUCCGAAAAUCGGCCGAUUUUCGACCCAAAAAUUGGCUGGUUUUCUCCCUAUCUAUGGCCUGCAUAACUAUGUAACUAUGAUAAC